ACGAAAAACAAGAUGGCGGCGGCAGGUCCGAGUACUCGGGCUUCUUCCGCGGCGGCCGCGGCGGCUCUGAGUCGGCGGGGCCGGCGAGGCCGCUGUGACGAGAUGGCGGCCGCCAAGACUGGGGCUCCAGGCUCGGCCUCUGGUUCUGCCUUGUUGGUGUUGUCGCCGCCGCCGCCUCCGCCGCCGCGGCCGGAGGGGUCGGGCUGCGCCGGGUGCCUGGAGACUCCGGGGGAAGCGCCGGCCGUGCCGUGCGGACACUCGCUGAGCGGGGCGUGCACCCAGCGCGCUUCGGAAGCGGUGGGCCCCGGCUGUUCGCGCUGCGGCGUCCGCGGCCCGGGCUGGGCCCGCCGUCGGGCCCGCGACGACGGCCAGGCCGACGCCGAACUGCCGGGCGAGCGCGCCCGCCGCGGCCCGCCGGAGCGCUGCCGCCCGCGCCGGGACGGGGGCGCGGCCGCCGCGGGGCCCAGGCCGGAGCCGGAGCUGCGCGCGGCGCCCGCGGAGCCAGAAUUUAUAUUCAGAGCACCAAUCAAAUUAAGCAAGCCAAGUGAACUUCGUGAGGAAUAUGAAUGCCUAAGAAAGUUGAGAGGAGAAAAGUUACAAGAAGAAAAGGCUUCUGAAGAUCAGGUCCACAAACUAUUACCAGAUGAUACAGAAACAGGGAAAAGGAAAAUGGAUGAUCAGAAAAAAAAAGAUGAGCCAUUAGUACUGAAAACAAAUCUGGAACAUUGUCCUGCACGUCUCUCAGAUUCAGAGAAUGAAGAACCUUCUCGUGGCCAGAUGACACAGACACAUCGCUCGGCAUUUGUUUCCAAGAACAACUCCUACUCCUUAGCUUUCCUGGCAGGGAAGCUCAACUCUAAAGUGCAGAGGAGUCAAAGCUGCAGUGACACAGUCCAAGACAGAGUGAAGAGCAGAUUCAGAGCAGCUCAACCCAACAAAGCCAAGGUCACAACUAUGGCUCCAGCCUCCAACCCCAUUAUUGGUGUCCUUUUGUCUACUCAAAACAAUCGUUGCCUCUCAGCUCCUGACUUAACAAUUGAAAAACGUCUACCCUUCAGUUCCCUCUCAUCUUUGGCCUCCUUGCAUAAGCCAGAACGUUCCAUCAGUCCUGAAAGCAAUGAUAGCAUCUCCGAAGAACUAAACCAUUUCAAGCCCAUUGUCUGCUCUCCAUGCACUCCUCCCAAGAGACUCCCUGAUGGGCGUGUUCUGAGUCCCCUCAUCAUCAAAUCGACCCCUCGAAACCUCAGCAGAAGCUUGCAGAAGCAGACUUCUUAUGAGGCCAGUCCACGAAUUCUCAAGAAAUGGGAGCAGAUCUUUCAGGAACGGCAGAUCAAAAAAACCCUUUCAAAAGCCACUCUCACCUCUUUGGCCCCUGAAACAGGGGAAGAUUUACCCAGUUCUGAAGUUCUGUAUUCUAGUAAAGAGAAGCCAAUUCUGGCUUUAACUACAAGAUGGUCCAGUGAGCAGAUACUCUGUGAGUGUGUCACCUCUGCUGAGCUUGAGAAUUUCUCCUCUGAUAGCCCAACAAAAUCAGAAGAAGACAGUGGUAGAAAAAGGAGCACCGAGGUCCCACUGGAAACUUGCCAUCCCAUAGAACUCAAAAGGGCAACCAGUGGGACUUCUUUGGAUGGGAAGCAAUUUGAGGGGUCGGGGUCAAUUGCAGAUGCUACAUUAGACAAGAGCUGUAUAAACACAUCUAUGAAAGUCUCGGCAGUUAAUUCAGUGUUACCCCAGAACAAUGUUUUGGAUGGGGUCCUCAAAACAAAGAAACAGCUAAAGGCAUUGAAUCAUUUUGAUGGGGCUAAUGGUGUUCUGGUAGAUGGCUUCAAUGAGGAGCCACUUCCUUCCUUGCGUCGGGGUCGGAAAAGGCAUUGUAAGACCAAGCACCUGGAACAAAAUGGCUCCCUUAAGAAACUGCGACAAACUAGCAGUGAAGUGGGUCUGGUCCCAAAAGAUCCAGUACUUCGAGAGAUGGAGCAGAAAUUGCAGCAAGAAGAACAAGACCGACAGCUAGCUCUGCAGUUGCAACGUGCGUUUGACAAUGAGAGGCGGACUGUGAGUCGGCGAAAAGGACGUGUGGAUCAGUAUCUCUUAAGGUCCAGCAGCAUGGCAGGGGCCAAGUAGCAUUUAAUGAACAGUGGUAUCUGUUUUUAAGAGGUCUUUGCCCUGGAUCAUUCAUCUAGAAGAGCUGAGUGUGCUCACUUUGGGUUUCUUUUCAUGGCAAAACACUGUCUAAUAAUGGUUCUGAGAGGUACCAGGGUCUUGGUAAGUCAAAAUCCAAGGGAACUGCAUCUCUGUUCUCUCUGACCCAGGCCAGAAGCACUCCUCCCCUGAGUGACCCAACUUGGAGAACUUCUGGGUCAAAUCUGGUAGCACCCACUUGGAAUGAGAUUUGGAAUGGCCUCAUUCAGAAAAACAGUGGCCAGAGUUAGAAAUGGUAGAGGGAAGAGGGAUACCUUCUCAAAUAGAUAGACCUCCUGACAUUUUUCAAUUGUGUCUUGUUUUAAAUCAGCCUUGCAGAUAAAACAUUUAUCCCAACUUUUUCAAAGAAGUGGAGCUGUGGGUACUUUGGAAUAUCCAAAAGGAUAGAUUAAAUAUGUUUUCUCUCUUUCCUCUUGCCACAGAUAACCCUGUCAUCCUAAAUCAGUGGAGCUUAUUCUUCUGCAACUUGGCUUACAUUCUCGAUUUAAAAAUGACAUUUGGCAAAUGCUGUAUGGCUGAGAGAGCACAUUCAUAGACAUUGUUUAAUUUGUUUAUCCUAAGAGACCUGACUUGUAAGUGAUAUUAGCCCCAGCUGUAGAUGAUGAAACUGCAGCGCACAUGUUCAGUUUCUUGCAGCUACUAAGCAGUAUAGUCCACGGUGAUGGUUGCUCAAAUGAACUGUCAGUGACACCUAGAAGAAGCACUGAUAGUGCAAAACUGACCUGCAAGUCCUUAGAUGGAUGGGGAGCAUAAACAUGUGCUAUAAGUUAUCUACUGUGCCCCCCACCCCCAUCCCUAUCUACAGUCUUAAGCUUUCCUAGGGGUUCCAGCCUGUGAGACAAAAUACAAUUGGGGCUUUAUGAUUACUUUUUACAUGGCAAUGGUUAUCUGCAAUGUUGAUUUAAAAUCCUAAAAACAAAUUGUCCCAAAGUCAGGCAAAGAACAAUGCUGAAACUCCAUACUAUGGAAACAAGGUAUCUAGCUGGAUGCAGCUGGUAAAUUCAGUCCCAUGGACAUUUGGGGUUAUUUUUCUUAGCAGCUGACACUGUGUGUCUUUUGCAUCCCAAGUGGUGCUUGGUGCUUCUGCCCUUCUGGGCUCAUUGAGAAUAGAGAUUAGGUUAUGAUUUUAGAGAAUCUCAGAUGGGCUAGCAUUCCCUGUGAUUGUAUGAGUUGUUACCACAGUCAUGUGACUGGCAUUUUAACAAACCUCCUGGAGCUUGUAUAUUGCAAUGUGUGAUAUUCCCCUUGAGUAGUCCCCAAGCAGGAUACUACAGCUUUCCCUAAUGGUGUUACCUUUGGUCAAAACAUUUCUGAAACUGCCUUCAAAGUCUGGAAACACCUAGGGGCAUAGACUCACUCAAAAUGUUAGAAUGGGAAAGAACCUAGUCUUCUGUUCUAGUCUACUCUUUUGGCUAAGGCAGAGACUGAGGGCCAGAACAGACUCAUUGGCCAUAGAAUACUAAUAGCACAUUCUUCUCAGGACAGGUUCUAUCUCAAAUUUAGUUACAAGAGGAUUUUAAAUUUGGAACUAGCCAAAAAUGACUUGGAGUCUCUGGGAAGACAAGUAGGUUGUCAAAAUCAAGGGUGUGGAGUCAAAAAUAAGAUGUCACUGUGAAGCAGUCCGAGCCAUUCUCUUCUGUAGCGCACCUUUCCCACACAGUUCUCAAAGAGGAGGAUGUCCAGAGGUGCCAGGCGGGUUGUGGUCAUCAGUGGGACAUGUGGGGUCUCUUCAGUGACCACUUUGGUGGUAAAUACCGUGUCCUCUGUGUGUGUGUGUGUGUGUGUGUGUGUGCAUGUGUAUAGAUGUGUAUGUUGUAAAAAUAUGCAUCAGUCUCAUACUUUAUAUUCACGCUGCUCCCUUCAAUUCUAGGACCUGUGCAUCUGUGGCCUCUCGGGGCUGUGAGAGGGCAUGUUAGUGGUUCCAGGAGAAGAGCUGGCACUGGUCUGCAGAGGACAGGGAUGGUGACCAUUCUAAAUGCUUGUAAAGAAAACAUACCACCUCCUAUAUUUCCACUUUUGAUCAUAGUAAAUAUUAUGGGGAAGGCUAAUCUUGAUGGUAGAAACAAAGACACAUAUUUUUCCACUUGCCACCGUUUUGUAUAUCCCCAAUAAUUUGAAAAGUGCUUUCAGUUGGAAUUUUGUUUUUGGUAAAAAGAUAAAUAUUUUUAAUAGAUGAAAGCUAUAUAUUUUAAAUAGUUCCCCAAGUGAAUACUUUAAGAAUGUGCAUAGUAGCAGCAACAAGUUUUUUUCAGGUGCAGAAUGAAAAGCUCUUUCUUGUAGCAGAUAAUCCAAACCCUAGAUCCAGCUUCCUGAUCGCUCCCUGUGCACCUGCCGUGACGGCCAAGAUGGUGUGGGCCAGGCCACUUCCCACACCGAUUGCUGAACAGCAGUCCUUCAAAUGUAGGCUCAACAGUUUAGUUAAGGAGGGAAGAGACUUACUUUGUAAUCAGCUUGGCUUUGGAGAAGGAAAAAAAAAACAUCACUAAGGUAUUAUCUGUAUUUAAGAUUCUUUUCAUACUUAAUAACUGAAACUUGAACACCUUCAGAAAAAUUUCCAUCUCUUGUUGCUCAUCUGUGAACGUGGACACAGAAUUGAUAGCACAGCAAGAGACAAGAGGAGAAAAUAUAAUGGGGGAGGGAAAAUAGAAUGAGAGACACAAAAUAAUCGUUUUGUUUUGCUCACAAAUCACUGAAGUAGUCCUACAGUGUUCCUUGUGUGUAUACCUUGUGUUUCCAUGCAAAAAGGGAAAUUUUGAGAGGUGGAAGAAUGGGAGUCAUUUUGAUGGAAAGUCCAAGAAAUGUGUUGCCCUCAGGAGUCUCUCAGCCUUUUCUACACUUUGGGAACAUGUUCAUGACUUGUUGAUUGUCCCUGUUGGAAGAAGUCAUCUAUCUUGAGCCUUGUUGGCUUGGCUUUAGAUCAAAGGAUUAUGCACCCAGCCCCAGGCCCUUUCCUUGACUUGCCUCUUUUUAGAAAAGAUUACAUCUGGCAGAGGCCUGCCAGAGAAGCCUUUUUCUAUGUUUUCAUUUGUUUUUUUAAUUUUUUUAAGUUUUUUUUUUUCCUGAAGGAAAUGCUAGUCGCAGAUAUUUUCCUCUUGUUUUCCUUUAAGAAAAAGGGAAAAAUGUCCUCCAGAGAUUAAAAUUACUUCAUUGUUUUUUGAAUACCAACUGACUAAAAUGGGAGGCAGAGGACUAAAGGCUGCAGUGUUUAUCUUCGUUGUUAAUUUGAUGCAUACAUAGAAGCUCUUAAACUUGUGCCAAUCCUGUGGUGGGUCGUGAGAUACAAUGAUAGUCUCUGCUCUGGAGAUGCUUAAUGUCCAGUGGAAUGUACUUGAAUGUGUGUGGUGGGUGUAUGUGUGUGACUGGACAGUAUGAUAAUGGUCUUACAGAAGGCCAUUACUUUUAUAGCAGUGUUCUUUCAUGACCCUAUUUUGCAUGUCCAGCACCCAGCAGGCUGCCUUGAACAUUUUAGACACCCCAUCAGUAUUUAGGCUUUUGAUUGUAACAGUGCUUUUCAUUUCCAAAGUAAUUUUACCAGGGAAAAAUGAAUCUUCUUCUGUAAUGACUACAGAAGAAUCACCCCUCUUCAGGAGCAGCUUUUAGUCAGGCCCCUAGAAAUGAAACAGGUUGUGGAUCACUGACAUGGUCACUUGCUAACUUCCUAACCCUUUCCCCAACCUCACCUCCAGCUUCACCUCUCACCAGAGCUGGCAGCAAUUUGAGAUCCCUUUUCUUUUCCCUCACUGACUUUUUGCUGUCAAGAGCAAGAAUGGCGAAAGUGCAGAAAGAAUGAUAAUCAUGGAAUGGUAGAGCUGGAAUAGGCAUUGAAAUCAUUCAAGCUAAAAUUCCUCACCCCUUUUUCUAACAAAUGAAGUUCUACACAUACACACACUUUGUGAAUAAAAGGCAUACCCAAAUUAUGUAGGAGGUUCUUAAAUAGCUUUUUCUUAUUUUUUUAUUAAGAUUAAAAUGUACCUAAUCCCCUAAGUAUACACUCAGGUAGGGAAAACCCCCAUGAUGUAAUGUAAGAGUGGAAUCAUGGAAACGGAUAUGAUUUGGGUUGGUAUAACUCAUUUUUGCUAAGGGCUAAAAUCUAUCCAGCCCUUCAUUUUCUCCUUGAAAAUCAGAAACUCCUUAGUGUUUUUAAAUGUUUCUUAACCAGUCUUUUUCUCAUCAACAAAUAAAGUGGUCUUUUGGCCUGGUCUUUGGAAUGAACUGACCCGGCUAUGAAUUCUUACUCAGUAGAAAGUGGGUCAGAUUCUAGGGCAAGAGGGCUAAGCAGAUUUUCUUCUGAAGAUGAUUCAGAAUUGUUUCUUUAUACAUGAUUGUCAUUACUGGAACAUUCUGAAGACCACCAUCUGUAGAAAAGAGACUUAGAGAUAUGCAGAGGUUACCUGUUUAGAUAUUAGCCCAGUUGGAUAAAGAGGAAAAGUGCCAAGACUGAACGGGCUGAUUGCUUUUAUGUGUUAUCAGUGUGUAUUUUUUUCUACGUAGAAAAAAAGUACUCUUUCCUUUGUGAGUAAAUGGGUCUUUAAUGUUUUGCUAGGAAGGUGGCAACUUUUUAUAUGUGAAAGGCAACCUCAGAUUCUAAGCAGGCUCCCUCCAACCCACCCACCCCUUUUCUAGUGUCUAGAGACAAAGCCAAGAUAAAGCAAGGUUUGUUCAUCUUCCUUUCCUGUCAUUUAAUUUGAGGUACAAAUAAUGUACUUGCUAAGUAUCAAGUUAUUAAAUCUCGAGUACCUUUUGGCCCAGGUUACAAGUUAAUAUGGCAGCAGAUUCUCCAUGGUCGUCACCACCUACCCUCUGAACUAUGCCACAAAAGGAGCAGGGGUUUUCCCUCAAUCAGGUUUGCAUCAAACAUGGCAUCACCAAUGCUGGGCCUCUAGCAGAGCACUUAAAAAAUCCUGAGAGAACAGGUUUUAUGAUGAACUUAAAUGCCAACUAUUGGAUUUUUCUCUUGUGCACAAUGUACCCUUAACAUGUGUAUAAAUACAGUUGCCUAAGGACUUUCCCCUUCUCUCCUGGAAAUGGAAAAUGGGUUGUCUGUUGGGCUUAGUCAGCCUGCUGCAGCUCUCUGGUGGUCCAGUGAUAAUAUAUUCAACUUGCUGUCUUCAUUAGAACUGGAAGAAGGCCUGGAUCCUUGUGGACUUCCCUUCGCCUGAUUCAUCAUAAAGAGCAUUUUGACAAAGACAGAACUUGGAACAGGGAUGACUUGUCAGGAAUGCUUCUAUCACAAUGAAAUGAUGUGGAAUUGAGUGGGAUGAUGUGUUUAUUUCAACAGUACCAAAGUGCAUUUUUCAAUGUAUUGUCUGCCUGCUUGAGGCAAGGCCCAAGUUGAAAAUACAGUAAAGCAAACUCAUGAAAAGUUAA